GAACCAGCUGGAGCAGAUGAACAAAGGGCUCUGUGGGAGGAAACACCUACCGGUACACCCAAGUAUUCCCGAGGCGGAAGAGUCGACGCAGAGGCGGAAUUGUGAUGUCAUGAAGAGAAGCAGCUUAAUUUCCGGCCUGCAGCUGAAGUUUGCACAGAGGAGCUGGAAUGACACUCUUCUGCUUGUUCAAAGGUGCAUGGAGAAAUCCAGAAUUGAAUCAAAGCCUUGUGAACCACUGGUUCGAUCCCUGGAAAGACUCCAGGAUGUGCUUCAUGCUCCUUGCAGAAGUGUGACGAGGUCCCGUUUGGAAAUGAUAGCCCAGCAACAAGGGAUGGGGUUUCACGUCACAGAAGACACGUGUUACCUUACCGCCGACCUGUUUUACCUGGAGGUGCUGCUGCCGCCGUGUGGUGGCGUGCAGGAGGUGAAGGUGGCGCUUCACGGAGAAGGUCCUGUCCCCAGCGAGUCUUUUCUGAAGACACUGAGAUCCGAAGACUUUGCUGCGUUCUCCACGAGGCUGAAAGACCUUUUCACUCAGUACAACAUCCCUGGAGACAAUGAAAUCAAAUUGAAACUGUUGGAGUCUCUACAGUUUCUUGUACGAGAUUUGCAGAAAAUGACAGGGGAAGCAGAGGACUGUGACCCCCAACAGCAAUUGGUAAACAACAAUAGGACUGGCUGUCUUGUUGCAGGAAAAGAAGACGGGCUGCUGACGGUCCUGUUCUACAAGCCACCCAAUGAUGGGAUGUCAAACUCAUUGAUGCAGACGGCUCAGGUCACUGUGGGCGCCAGCGCGGUGCCCCGCAGGCUGCAGAUGGCCUCCGUCCUUCCAGAGCCUCUUCAGCUGGAUUCACAGGGCUGUCCGGUUGGUGCUCCGCCGAGCGAGGUGCCCGGCGAGAUGCUGCCUGCGUGUUUCCUGCUCAGGUUAAAGCCACCGGUGCCCGUGUUGUCCUCGUUCGUGGAGAAGCUCAGCCUCAUUACAGACGUUGCAGUAGCUCAGACUGACCAGCAGUGGGCGCCCUUACACAGGCUUCUGAUGGCCGGGUCACAGAGUGCAGAGGAGACUUCAGAUCAGCUGGACCUCUUUACUGUGAAGGUGCUUCCUGAUGGUGAGACGCAGCGUUACGUUUUCCCCGGAGCCUCCUGGGAUGCGCCUGAACAGAGGGCGACCGUGGUGGAGGCCGUUUCCUUCACCCACCCGGCUCAGGUCCCAGCUCUGCUGCAGCUGCUGCGCCACCAGUGCGCCGUCAACGCCCUGCUGCGGAGCUGCUGGGCGUCUCAAAGCGCCGCUCCAGCUUCGCCGACAGGAACCCCAUCUGACUCCCAGCUCUUCGAAGUCCGCCCGGAGUCCAGCACCAGCUUUUCUGUGACCUUCACACAUCCGCGCACCCACUCCCUCGCUGUCUUGCUGGUGAGCGUAUGUGGUCCUCAGCAGAUUACCUGCAGAACAUUUGGAGCUGAGACGUCUGAGGCCUUUUUGGAAGACCACAUGAAGAAUUUUUUGUCCAUUCCUGCGACCAUGAAGAUGCUGCUCAGCAGGUUAGAGACCGCCUCUCCUCCUCAUCCCAAGAGCCAUCCGACCUCUGCCGAAGAGGAUCCGCCUGCUUUGAUGGAGGUUUCCCAGAAUGCCGCUGUGCCAGAGGACAGUGUUUCCAAAACUGAAGUCAGCCCAAACCCCUCUGUGACCUCUCACCUCUGCUCUCCUGUUGGGACUUUUGCUCAGCAGGCGGAGCUAUAAUCGUUGUCAGGGAUCCUACGUCUCUUUUUCUAUUUUUUUGGGGGGUAACUGUUCCCUUCUUACUCGAGUGUCUCAAGCUCCUUUUUAUUUUCCCCGUUUUUUAAAUAAAUAAAAGUUUUGUUGAAAACUU